AGUUUAAAAAUAAAGAUAGUUCAGCAUGUUUCUAGAAUAAAUGUGAAGAAACAUAAAGGGACUGCAUGAGGUCACCUGGUCUCUCAACGUGAUGUUGCCAUCCAGCCCUUCAGGACCCUUUCUCCCUCUGCUCCUGGACACACCCAGGCACCUCCCAGGAGGAGCGCUCUAGAAACAAGUAACCAACUGAUGCUGCAGCUGGUCCCACUCCCUGUGAGCUGCUCAGAAUCCAUCAGAACAGCAGGAAGCGGUCAGCAUGGGAACAGUGAUGAGGACGGUCUUCAGGGGAUUGGAUGACAAUGGGAGUUGCCAAAGCUGGGAGGAAAUCAAGAGGACGAAUGAUUCUCUCACACCAGGAAAUAAGCUAAGCUCUGGGAUUUGUCUCUAUAUUAAGUCAUAAAAGGGAAAAGAGAGAACACCCAAACAAAAUACAAUUACUGUACAGUUGUCAUCUUUAUAGAAACGCACAGUUAAUGCAAAUAUAUUUUCUCCUUUUGAAUUUCGUACUUGAAGAGGCUACCAAAACAUCAUCAUGUAUAACUGAAUUUAGAAUAUUUGGAUAUGUUUAUUAUGUUCUUUCACUUAUACUUCACAAAAUAUUCUUUCACUUAUACAUAAAUUUCAGUAUCAAGUGCUGAUAAAGAAAAUAAAACUCUCACAAUAAAACUACAAACACUGGAGAUGGAACAGAGGUCCCAGAAGAUUCUAAUGUAUCAGAUUAGGUUAUCUUAUAGUUCAUUUUAUUAUCUAUAAAUAACUAUAUAUAUACUUAUCAUAUUAUUCCCUUGAUUCAAGUGGCUUAUUUUUCUGAUUUAUAUGAGCACACUGAGUCAGUUUUUACAACGUAUCUAAAAAUAGACUAUAGAAAACUUGCCAAAGUAAUACAUUUCUAAAUGCUAACUCUGUAAGUUUCAGUAAAUAUUUUCUGUUUUGAUGGCCUACAGCUCCGAGCUUCCUGUUGUGGACAUGGGCUUAUCUGUCUCUGCCACAGGAGCAUGACAGACAACCAGACGUGGAUCACAGAAGUCACCCUGCUGGGAUUCCAGGUGGACCCAGCACUGGAGUUGGUCCUCUUUGGGCUUUUCUCUCUCUUCUAUACCCUCACCCUUCUGGGGAAUGGGGUCAUUCUGGGGCUUAUCUGCUUAGAUCCUAGACUUCACACCCCCAUGUACUUCUUCCUCUCCCACUUGGCCAUCAUUGACAUGUCCUAUGCUUCCAACAAUGUCCCCAAGAUGCUGGCAAAUCUUGUGAGCCAGAAAAGAACUAUCUCCUUUGUUCCUUGCAUUAUGCAGACAUUUCUCUAUCUGGCUUUCGCUAACACAGAGUGCCUGAUUUUGCUGGUGAUGUCCUAUGAUCGUUUUACAGCAAUCUGCCACCCCUUACGUUACACUGUCAUCAUGAGCUGGAAAGUGUGCUUGGUCCUGGUCACCAUUUCAUGGGCAUUUAGCUUCAUUUUGGCUCUGGUCCAUUUAAUUCUCAUCCUGAGGCUGCCCUUCUGUGCGCUUCAUGAAAUCAACCACUUCUUCUGUGAAAUCCUGUCUGUCCUCAAGCUGGCCUGUGCUGACACUAGGCUCAACCAAGUUGUCAUCUUUGCAUCCUGUGUUUUUAUCUUAGUCGGGCCCCUGUGCUUGGUGGUGGUCUCCUACACACGCAUCCUCUUUGCUGUCCUCAAGAUCCAGUCUGGGGAGGGCCGCAGAAAGGCCUUCUCUACAUGCUCCUCCCACCUCUGUGUGGUCGGGCUCUUCUUUGGCAGCGCCAUUGUCAUGUACAUGGCCCCCAAAUCCCACCAUCCUGAGGAGCAGCAGAAGAUCCUUUCCCUGUUUUACAGUCUUUUCAACCCUAUGCUGAACCCACUGAUCUACAGCCUCAGGAACACAGAGGUCAAGGGUGCCCUGAGGAGAGCACUGUGCAAGGAGAGGCCAGUGUGAGAGACAGUGGAGAUCAUCAUGGGGGUGGGGGCUUGGCUCCUUGUGAAUAUUGGUGGGUGGCAUGUUCUGCCUUAUGCUAUAACAGAUGCCACUUUCAAAAAGAUUAUAGAUCUAAACAUAUAACCAGAAACCAUAAAUAUUUUAAAAAAUAAAAUAGAUGAAUAUCUUCAUGACCUUGGGUAGGCAAAGAUUCUCAGAGAUGACCCAAAAAUCAUAAAACAUACAAUUUGAAAAAUUGAUAAAUAUUGGGCCUUUUUAAAAUGACUCAUUUUGUUCAUCGAAGUCACUGUUAAGAAACAAGAAAUGUAAGGCACAGACCAAGUAUUUUGUAUUUUUUAAAAUAUAAUGGUCAGUCAGGUGUGGCCACAAGAGGAGACAAAGCAGAGGCUCAGGACAAAACACUUGAUUAUACUCCCAGGUCCUGGAGACGGGAGGUGGGGGACAGCAUGCAAGGCCAUAUGGGCAUGACACCAGAGUGGUCUGGAGCAGGAGACAGGAGUGAGGAGAGGUUUAGACCACCACCUUUAAAGGCAUUUCUGCAGGAAACACCCAAUAGAGAUGGGAGAUAAGAACAAGUUGGAGUUCUUAUAACAGGUAAAUCUUUACCACAUAAAGAAAGAUAAUCGUGUAGCCUGACAGAGCAGGCAAAUCCUAAAGCAGCGAAUUCCUCUGAUAUUCGGAGCCCAAGUCAUCCUAUUUUCAAUAAUCCCCUUUGAAAUCUCUCUGGCCUUCGUUCUCCCUUGAAGUAUAAAGUGCUGUAUAAUAGUAUAUCUUACUGUUUUCUUCUUUUUUCUUGGUCCUCCUCAAUCAGUUUGAUAAUCACCAUGUGCACUUCUAAACUUCAUACAACUGCCCAUGCAUUUCCCCUCGAUUUUACCCAUUUCUUGGUAUUUAAAUGUUCCACUCCCUAAUUGCUCUGCAGUUUGGUUUGAAAUAUCUUUCUGUCAUCUUCUCACAAGAAGAUGUGAGCAUUCAUGGGCUUCCAUCUGUCUUACUGAAAAUGAGUAUUAAAAAAGAAAUGUAAUGGAAUAUUUUUAAAAAGAAAGAACAGUUUGCCAUUGUAAACUUCAAGGUCGUGGAAUGAUGAAUCCCUGAUCUCGAAAAGCAAAAUAAAAUGAAAAUAGAUAUUUUUUAAAAUAAUAAAAUAAAAUAUGACUUUUUUCUCAUCAGUGGGAUUUUCAAACCCUGACAAACUAGAUAAUAUCUUAAUAUCUCACAUCAAAUUUUUAAAAUAUACUGCUCCCAAAUGUGAGAAUAAAGUAAGAAAAAAGUGCUUUUCGGUGCAAAAUUGUAAUUAUUAUAAAAGGUUAAAACACUAAGAGGGCUUUUCAGUGCAGCUGCUGAGAGAGAAAGCGGCCUGAGGCCCCACCAUGCAGGCAGGGAGGCGGUGGACACUGCAGGCCCUACUGACAGCCUCUGCAAGGUGCAGCAAACCCAUGAGUUUUGAAGAUGCAUGAAGGUCAUCAAGAUAAAUGCUUCUAAAAACUUGUCAUAGAGAAGACUGUGAAACAACUACUAGGGCCACAACUGUGUGUUACAAGAGGUACCAAAAUUUACAUCACAUAGGUAGUUGUAGAUGCAUGUUCAGUCCUUAACCAUGGUAUUCCAAAAUCCUUCACUACGCAAGUAUGGUGUGCAACAGUUUGGAAAGUAAAAAUGAAGAAUUGACAAGAACAGAUGAACAGAAGCAGACAAUGAAAAUUAAUAUUUUAUUCGACAUUGAUAACAUAUCUCACAAUAAUUUAUAGAGAAAAAAUAUAUUAAUGGGGAAUUCUACUUCUGGUAUGACAUUGUGACAAGCGUUUGUGGACAUGCUCCCCAGGGAAACUGGUGAAAGCUAUUUUUAAACAACCAGUCAAACUCUCUGGAAAUGGCCUGAAGGGCAUACAACAAAUGAAGAAACAUUUCUUCAAGAAAAUCUACUAAGAUUCGGUCUGAAGAACAAGAGUCUGAUAUCUGAACCAAGGUCGGAUGCCUCCUUCCCCCUCCUCACCUCAUGGAGAAGGAAACUCCACUGCAGACACAUGCAGCCAAGUCCACAGGGUUCCCCUCCCCCUAACUCCCCAACAGAGGGCCGUCUCCCAGGAAGGGAAGGACACAGCAUUUCUCAUCCAGCCUGAAAGACCUCAGCAUUUC